AUGCCCCGCGUCACCCCCGCGAGGGUGAUGCUCUUGCUGUCCGUUCUGGCGAUGUUCAUCCCGGGCUACACCGGGUUGACCCAGCCGUGGACCUUGGAGUGGAAGGUGAAAUUUAUGAAGUCCAUCGUCAAGGUCCUCGGCGCUGGACUCGGUGGCUCGAAGGCCAUGCUCGUCUACUCCGCGCUGAGCAUGUACAUCCCGGGCUUCUUCGAGCCUGGUGGCAACCCCAUACCGAAGCAAGACCGCUACGCGCAGCCUUCCACGCCUUCUGAGGGGGUCUGCCCGGAAAACCACACCUUGCUGUACAGUGCCAGGUCUUCCAGGUACGUGAUGCCAAAGAAUUACCCCCUGGUUCAGUACUAUUCCUGGAAAUUCACCCAGGGAGUUUGCCCUGCAAACCACACCUUCUGGUACAACCAAACAUUGCGCAUCGAAGAAGACACGGGCUCUGAAUGGUAUCUUCCCCGUGCGUUCUACGACCCCAUGCUUCCGUACAGCGUCUUCGCAGCUGUGGCGAUGGUUCUGGUGCCUCCCAUGCAUCGCAAGUAUGUGAUGCAUCGGAAAAUCAGGACGUUUCCGCUGCCCGUGGGGGUCCGUCCGCAGGGCUUCAUGCCCACGCUGGGGGGCGUCAACGUGAUGAGCACGGCGACGCUGCACUCGGCCGCGAGUGUACAGUACAAUUAUACGAGCAGGGUCUGGUCGAUCCACUUGACGUUCGAGAGCGGCUCUGGUGCCACUCCGUAUGUGCCUUUCCUCCUUGACCAGCGCUCGCCGACGGGGCCGAGCCUGAAUUUCUUUAGUGAGGUGGCGCCAUGGUGCGGGGUGACCAGGGGGUAUUGCUGUUACGGCGACUUCCUGAAUUCCACCGUGUACUUCAACGACGCGCUGUAUUCUGCGCUGUCCGGAAUUGGAGACUGCGAGGGGCACGUUGGAGAGUGGGCGGCUGCACUGGUGGGCUCUUCCCUGUCCUCCUACGGGGGUAUCCGGCCGUCUUCGCACAUUGCCUUUGAUUUCCAGACAGGGGUGCUUCACAUCCCGCAUGAAGAGGCGCAGAGGUACGGCAGGGAGUACCUGGACGAGAACAACAAGUAUGUGAUUGAUCUGAGGUUCGCGGCGGUGUUCCAGGGGGGCGGCGGGGAGGGGCUGCUGAACCUGGCGUGGGUCCCGUACCAGGCGGUGCUGCUCCGGGACAUCGACGACCUGUACCAGCGGUCCUACCAGGACGUGAGGGAGUGCGUGGACCUGCAGCAGCCCAAGCCCGAGCACUCGUUCUGGCUGGCCAGGUACAGGUCCCCGGAUUCCGGGGAACGGGUGUGCGAGUGGUUCUGCGACGUCGGCUACUACAGCUACCCGCUGCACGCGCUGGAGAUGGAGCGGAAGGAGGGGUACGGCUCGGUGCCCGGGGCGGUGUGCGCGGUCCCGCCUCCGGACGGCAUCGCGGUGGGGUACAGCCUGUGGCUGCUGAUGAACACGACGGAGCUAUCGCUGGAGCUGGGGCAGGCGGUCGUGCCGCAGAACCUGACGAUGGACUCCGCACCCUCUGUGCCGCGUUGGCUGGACUCUCUGGCGGCCAACCUGAGCGCGGGGCUCGCGCGGGAGGCGGCGGGGAUCGCGGGCCGGGCGGUGGGGGUGCGGGCGGUGGCGGAGCUGCGCGACACCAAGUAUGCCCGGGAGUGGCGCGUCUAUAUGCAGACGCUGCGGUCGCUGUAUGAGAGGAAAUUUCCCGGGACUGCCAUAGACGGCCUGCAGACGGUGUUCCUGCGGGACGGGCGGUCCGAGCCGUACGCCUUCCCAGACUGGCUGCAGGGCAUGGGGGUCUUUGACCAGGAGUCAACGGUGGACGUCGGUGUCUACCCCGUCGCAAGAAGGUCGGGGAGGGUGUCCAUCUCGGUUGGAGGGGGUUCGGCGAUCCCGAGAAGGCAGCUCUCCGCGCCCCCGCCGAUCAACGCGCUGGCGCUGGAGGUGGUCGUCUACCUCGACUCGCAGGGGCUGACGCUGGGGGACGUGGUGAACUCGAUCUUCCAGUCCGGGGUGGCGAUGGUGAACAGCACGGAGGUGCGCGGGCUGUGGGGGAUGGACAUCUACGUGCGGGAGAUGACGGUGCGGGUGGAGCCCGUGAAGGGGAAAUUCAGAGGAGGAUUUGUUGUCGUCAUCCUCCUCGCAGGGGCCGCUAUUUUCCUCCUCUGCCUUCUCCUGUGCCGCCCCCCCCUGCCAUCCUCGUACGAGCGCCUCCGCGCGUCUUCGAAGCAGGUAGAGCGCCACAAGCACGUGGGCGAGCUGGAUAACCUCCACCGCUUCGAGAGCGAGGCCAUCGUGACGACCUUGAACGAGAUUGCGGAGGGAGGAAUGCAGCCGCGGACACGGAUUCUUGGGGCGGAUGACUGCCAUACUCUGGUCCGGAGCACGCUGACGCUGAGCGGGGCGGACGGAUGCGGGAGGGUGCUGGGCUCCGCGAUGAUGAAGCUCCCCGUUGGGGUGCCGGGCCGGGACGACUUUGCCUCGAGCGGAGCGAUGCUCUCCCGCCUUCUGGCGCCCGGGAGCAGCCUGUUCGGAGAGCACGAAGAAGUGAGGAGCGCCAUGCAGCGGCACCUGCGCGGGGUUUCGGAGGGGGAGGAGAUCCAGAAGACAGAAGGGAGGGAAGAGCCCGUGCCCCACAACCUCAUGGGCGCGCUGAUCUUUGCGGAGGUGGCGAGGGCCGGGGACCGCUUCGGCCCGUGGGAGGUCCAGUCCAAGAUUGGCCCCUGCCUGGUCUGCGCGAGGAGCAUGGUGCGCGGCAACGGCUCGCACGAGCUGGAGUGGGCGGCGCAGGCGCGGGCGUGCAGGGCAGUGUCCGGGCUCAUGGAGAGGGUCGGCCUGGACAUCGUCCGCCACUGCAUCACGGCGCGGAGGGGCGCGGAGACCUACACGCUCGACUCGGUCCUCCUCCCCGUUGGCCCGUCCUCCAACGACGCCCUGUGCUGCACGGUGGUGAAAAUGGCGGGAGGGGAGGUGCCGGCGGGCUGGUCGACCCACGUCCACACCGCGGAGUUGAACCAGAUCGACACGAGGAAGGGCAGCAACCGCUACGACCUGGUCUGCGCGCAGGCGGCCAACCUCCUCCGCCAUGCCAAGCAGGUGAGCGCCAAGCACCUGGAGAACCAGGUCCUGCGGGAGGUGCUGCGGAUGCGCCCCGAGCCGCUCUCGGACGAAGCGCGGAGGCUGACGGGCAAGCACAACGGCGCCUACCUCAAGUCGGAGGUGCACCUGCAGCAGCUCAACGACGAGCUGCGGCGGGAGAUGACGGCGGCGGAGGUCGGGGAGGCGGAGGCGUGGGUCGGCCUGGCCAUGUCCCGCCGCAGGCCCUACAUCCGCUGCGUGCAGGGCUCGAUGGCCAAGAACUACGACCCGAGCGGGCUGGAGGUGUCGACCGUGGGCGCGGAGCUGAACAUGAAGUUCUCCUUCUCCGCGCCCUGCGUCACGGAGGCGUUCCAGGGAAGGUCCAUCGCCGUGGAGCUCGGCAACCGCUGGAGGCCCCGCGUAUUCCUUGGAAGGGAUGGUCGUGGUUAUGAGCUGCAGCGCCUCCUCCGGGUUUCGGAGGCGAAGGAGCCUGGCGACCAUCGGGUCGAAGUGCCACAAGGCACUGUCCUCCCCGGCAGGCCUGAGCAGCGCCGUCGUGUGGUGAUGGGCGGUGAUGAGGAGGGCCUGGUUGGGCCGCAAAGAUCGGACGGCGGUGCCGAGGUCGCGGAUGAUACAGCCGCGGUCGCCAUCGUCCUCGAAGCUCUGGAUGAAGCCCUCGGGCAGCGCGUCGACGGUCCCCAUCACCUCGGUCGCUCCCACUCCCGUUGGGGACUCGAUGGCCUCCAGCACGUGGUAGACGGAGAAGAGCCGUUCCUGCUGGUUGCUGCCCUCGAUGAGGAUCUUCUGCGUCCGGCUGGCGACCGUCAUGAUGACGUCCAUCUGCGCGCGGGUGGGCGGGAUGCGGACGCCGUAGUCCCCCAGCAUGCCGCAGGCGAGGAGGUAGCAGGCCGGGGUGCACAUCGUCGCGCCGUGGGGGUAGGUCGCUUGGGAUGGGUAAAUGAAGUGGUCGUCCAUUUCCUAGGAAAGGGUUCCUAUCCCUCCCCCUUGGUCCUGUGUCCCGUUUUUUGGGGAGGGAGAAAAAAAAGUAGCUCCCGGCGUAUAGCUGGGCGCACUUCAGGAGCUACUCCCCGGGUCUGGACGAGAGUUGUCAUGACCGAAGACGAAAUCCUCGAGCACGUAGAGCAGGCGAUGGACUCUGAGAUGCAGGACGUCGAGGUGAAGGCCAAGAAGUCGAGCAAGGGCCGCGCCAAGAAGUCCGAGAGCAAGGGGGUGACCAAGCGCGCCGCGACCGCCAAGCCGUCAAAGCCGCGCCGCCCCUUCUCCAGGCUCACCGACGAGGUGCUGCAGCAGAGGCAGGACGCCCUGCAGGAGCGCCUCAACGUCUCCAAGGCGCAGAUCACCAUCAUGAGCAGCAAGUGGCAGAAGUACGAGGACGAGCGGAAGCAUCGCGUAGAGGACAAGCAGGAAGAUUCGGAGUAG